CGAACCUUUUCUUGGCCUUAUCGCUCUCUUCCAUUGCUGCUUCCUGAUAUGGCCGACCAAUCUCCAAAGUCAGCCGAGGCAUCGCCGGUUGCGGACCUCCGAAGCUUGAAUCAUCAAAAAGGCCCAAAGCUUCAUACACCUCUUGACGAUGCCAUGCUAACUCCAACGCGCAUUCUCCGCGCAUCCUACUCGUCCACUCUCCGCCUCCCCAAAUCGCCGUUCCCGCCUCGUCCUCUCUCGGAGAAGACACCGCUCUACCUGCAACGAUGCACCGAUGACUUCUACGCCUGGCAGCGCACGCGCGCCGGCAAACCAUUCACCCUCCACGAUGGGCCGCCCUACGCCAAUGGACCCCUCCACAUCGGCCACGCCCUAAAUAAGAUCACAAAAGACAUCAUCUGCCGCUUCCAUGUCACACAAGGCCAGAAAGUAUCCUAUAUCCCCGGCUGGGACUGCCACGGUCUCCCCAUUGAGAUCAAAGCACUUCAAGCCGCGAAGAAAUCCCUCGGUGACACCGAUGCGAUCUCCAUUCGCGCCGCUGCGCGCGAGCUCGCUGCUACAACCGUCGAAGCACAGAAGUGCGGGUUCAAAGAAUGGGGCGUUAUGGGUGAUUGGGACAAUGCAUAUCAGACUAUGGAGAAAGGCUUCGAGUUAAGGCAGCUAGAGAUCUUCAAAGAGAUGUGGGAGAAGGGGUUGGUGUAUAGGCAGUUCAAGCCUGUGUAUUGGAGUCCGAGUUCACGAACAGCAUUGGCAGAGGCCGAACUGGAGUACGAUGAGGGGCAUAACAGUCUCGCGGCGUUUGUGAGGUUCCCAGCGCAGGUUACAGAGGAAUUGAAGGAAAAGCUGAAAGGGAGGGGUGUAAAAGGAGACGUCAAUGUGCUCAUCUGGACGACUACACCUUGGACAUUGCCAGCGAAUAAGGCGAUUGCGGUGCAUAGAGAUAUGGAGUACUGCGUUGUGAAGGACGCGGAGAAAGAUUGCGAGCUGACGCUCGUUGCGGCGACAAGAGUGGAGGAGUAUGAGAAGGUGCUUGAGCGCAAGCUUGAAGUUAUCGCGUCUGGCUUGCGGGGAUCAGAUCUCGUUGGGAACAUUCAGUACGAGAACCCGUUCCAGAAAGCAGACGGACUGCAGCCAGUCAUUCAUGCGGACUUCGUCACUGAUUCGACUGGUACUGGGUUGGUGCACUUCGCACCUGGUCACGGAAUGGACGACUACCACGUCUGUCAGGCCAUGGGCAUCCAAGCGUUUGCACCGGUAGAUGAUGCAGGCGCUUUCACCAAGGACGCCUUUCCUGAACAGCCAGAGCUUCUCGAAGGACUACUUGUGUCUGAUGAGAAGAGGACAGGUACACGAGCUGUAUGCAACUACCUCAAGAAGCAAGGCCUCCUUCGCGCGAAACGAUAUUUCAAACACAAGUACCCCAUCGAUUGGAGGACGAAACAGCCGGUCAUUGUAAGAGCGACUGAGCAGUGGUUUGCUGACGUCGGUGAUCUUAAAGAUGCAUCGAUGAAGGCUAUUGCUGACGUGAACUUUCUUCCUGAGACCGGCCGGCCACGACUGGAGAGCUUCAUCCAAGGUCGAAGCCAAUGGUGCAUCUCGCGCCAGCGCGCAUGGGGUGUACCUAUCCCCGCUCUCUACAAGGUCCAAGGCGACUCUCUCGAGGCUAUCAUGGACUCAGAAACCAUCCAGCACCUAAUCAACACCAUCAGAGGGCGUGGCAUCGAUGCUUGGUGGACAGAUGCUCCGUCAGACCCAGUAUGGGUGCCUCCUCACCUCGCUGGGACAGGGACUUAUGUCCGUGGACGCGACACGAUGGAUGUUUGGUUUGACAGUGGCACAUCUUGGACACUCUUACCACAACCCAAGGACGGACCUGUUGCAGACGUCUACCUCGAAGGAACCGACCAGCACCGUGGGUGGUUCCAGUCCUCACUCCUCACCCACAUCGCCACACAAAACUACUCUUCUGGUACCGCACGCGCGCCAUACAAGACGCUCAUCACACACGGCUUCACACUCGACUCUGAUGGUCGCAAAAUGAGCAAAUCCCUCGGCAAUGUCAUAUCCCCCUCCCAGAUCAUGAGCGGCGAACUCCUCCCACCCAUCAAGCGCAAGAAGCAAAAAGGGCAACCAGCACCGCCGCCCAGCGCGAGCCCAACAUACGACGGCAUGGGCGCCGAUGCACUACGCCUCUGGGCCGCCAGCAGCGACUACAUGCGCGACGUCACCAUCGGCCAGCCCGUCCUGCAAUCCGUAAACCAAGCCCUCCACAAGUACCGCGUAACUUUCAAAUGGCUGCUCGGCGUACUCUCGCUGCCGUCUUGCCCACCGACAUUCGAAUCAUUCAACGCUCUGCGCGACAAACCUCCCUCUUCGCCUCUUCUCUCCGAUACUCUAGCUUUACAUCGCCUCAGUCAGGUCUCAGCAGACGUACACACGUACUACGCACGUUACGAGUUCUUCAAGUCCCUGAACACACUGAACAAAUACAUCGCCACCGACCUCAGCGCGUUCUACUUCGAGACCCUCAAGGACAGGAUUUACACCGGCCAUACAUCUGACUGUAUCACCCUGCAAUCCCACCUCGGCCUUAUCUUCUACGAGCUCCUGCAGAUCCUCGCCCCAAUCACGCCGCUGCUGGUUGAAGAAGUCUGGGACCAUGUCCCUCCUAUGCUAAGAGAGAAGAGCGUGCAUCCAGGCAAAGCGGUGUGGAGUGCUUUGCCCGCGACGAAUGCGGCGAAGGGGAAAGCACUGGAUAGCGCACUUGAGAGGGUGAAUGAGAUCAAUAACGCGGUAAAGGUUGCGCAGGAGAGGCUCAGGGCAGGGAAAAGGAUCGGUUCUGGGCUUGAGACGGCUGUCACACUUGUCAUGUCGCCUGACGCUAUCUUCGAGUUCAACGCGCUGCUACAGAGUUGCGUGCCGCAUGCCGAGCUCGACGUGCAGAGUCAACUCGCGGGGUUGCUGGUUGUUAGCGAUUUCAAUAUGACCGCUGAGAAGCCUGGUACGACUGAGGCAUGGGAGUGGGCUUGGCAGGAAUCCGAAGCCAUUGCGACAACAUCUGAAGACAGCUUCCUCAAAGACGCCAAGGUCCUCGUUCGCCCUCCGGCGCUAGAGAAAUGCCCCAGGUGUUGGCGCUUUGCGAAGGAAGCCUGGGAGGAUCUGUGUCUGAGGUGCGAUGAUCUCGUCAAGGAGCAGCUUGCCACGGCGUAAGUUGUGUAAGACUACAUUUGUAUCGACUUUGUAUCGGACUCUAUAGUAUAGUGCUCUUUGAUCAUAGAACAGG